AUGAUGAAGACUAUGUCCAGUGGGAACUGUACCUUGAAUGUGCCAGCCAAGAAUUCCUACCGGAUGGUUGUAUUGGGAGCCUCCAGGGUGGGCAAGAGUUCCAUUGUUUCUCGGUUUCUCAAUGGCCGCUUUGAUGACCAAUACACACCCACCAUUGAAGAUUUCCAUCGCAAAGUUUACAACAUUCGAGGUGACAUGUAUCAACUGGACAUCUUGGAUACAUCUGGGAAUCAUCCAUUCCCUGCCAUGAGGAGGCUCUCCAUUCUCACAGGUGAUGUUUUCAUCCUUGUAUUCAGUUUGGACAACAGAGAAUCCUUUGAUGAGGUCAAGAGGCUCCAGAAGCAGAUCCUUGAAGUCAAAUCUUGUCUGAAGAACAAAACCAAGGAAACGGGGGAUCUGCCCAUGGUGAUCUGUGGUAACAAGAAUGAUCAUGGUGAACUCUAUCGCCAAGUGAGUUCUGAUGAAGCUGAGAAGCUUGUCUCCAGCGAUGAGAACUGUGCUUACUUUGAAGUCUCAGCAAAGAAAAACACCAACGUGAAUGAGAUGUUCUACGUUCUUUUCAGCAUGGCCAAACUACCCCAUGAAAUGAGCCCAGCUCUUCAUAGGAAGAUCUCUGUGCAGUAUGGUGAUACUUUCCACCAAAAAUCCUUCAGGAUGCAUAGGGUCAAAGAGACAGAUGCCUAUGGCAUGAUUUCCCCCUUUGCUCGUCGACCCAGUGUCAACAGUGAUUUGAAAUAUAUAAAAUCCAAAGUCCUCAGAGAAGGGCAAGCAAGGGAGAGAGAAAAAUGCACAAUCCAGUAA